CACCAAACUAAUUGAGGUAGUAACUACAACAGGAAUAAACAAAAUUCAUCUUCUCUGUUUUUCAUCAUUUUCCUGGUUCUCUAGCCACAUAUAGCAGAACCAAGGCAAGUCUCUCUAUCUAAUGUUCCUCCAUGAUGAGGAAAAGAUGGAUUAAACCAAUCCAAAUUAAAUUAUAACAAAAGGAAAAUCUAGUUUCUUUAUCUUCAUUUGUUCAAGGGGUACAGGAAAACGUUUCAUCAAUUCUUUAAGUUCUUCACCAUUACACAUUACUCUGUUUUCCUGUACACCCUUCCAAUCUAUCAAGCAAUGGAUAGCAGAACCCAGAUUUUGUUUCGUCUGUUUUCUUUGGUUUUUGUUUUGAAUUCAUUUCAUCAAUUGAGUGCUGCUGCAACGGAUACUAGUUAUUUUCUUUCAUGUGGUGCUGCAAAUACGGGUACUGAUUCUGACGGUAGAAAAUGGGAACCAGAUACAAAAUAUCUCGUUUCUUCAGAUAAUUCAAUUCUUGCUACAGCUCAAUUCCAAGACCCAUCUCUUCCAUCCCCUGUUCCAUAUAUGACUAGCAGAAUCUUCAAUAAAGAAUCAACAUAUACAUUUCCUGUAGCGUCGGGUAAACGGCACUGGCUCAGGCUACAUUUCUAUCCUUCUAAUUACAAUUCUUUAAAUCCCAGCGAUUCGUAUUUUGAGGUUGUCGCAGGAGGAGUCACUCUGCUCAGCAAUUUCAGUGCUUCUAUUACAGCAUUAGCACUGACUCAAUCUUAUAUUAUUAAAGAGUUUUCUCUCAUUUCGUCAGACGACAAGGUUCUCAACAUCACUUUCAAACCCUCUCCGGAUUACGAAGGCUCUUAUGCAUUUGUUAAUGGGAUUGAAAUUGUAGCAAUGCCCGAUCUGUUCAAGCCAGCAAAUUUGGUUGGCAUGUCUGACCAGACAGUUGAAACCGCGACAUCAACUUUGCAAACAUUGUUCAGGUUGAACGUUGGUGGACAGUUUAUUCCAGCAGUUAACGACUCCGGUCUGACACGAACAUGGUAUGACGAUACUCCUUAUCUCUACGGCGCUGCAGUUGGUGUUACUGGUAAAGCUGAUGGUACUAAGAUUGAAUUUGCAAAGGACUACCCCCAGUAUACUGCUCCAUAUGAUGUCUAUGCCACAUUUAGAUCAAUGGGUCCAGAUUCGCAACUCAACACAAAUUUCAAUCUAACAUGGGUUUUUCAAGUUGAUGGGAACUACAUGUAUGUUGUAAGACUUCAUUUCUGUGAGCUAAUAAAUUCCAAGCCUAACCAGAGAGUUUUUGACAUCUAUGUUAACAACCAAACGGCAGAAGCAGCAGCUGAUGUAAUUGCUUGGUCUGGAGGCCAAGGAGUCCCAUUUUAUAAAGAUUAUGCAAUAUUUGUGAAUGAUGGACCCGGAGACGAAGAGAUAUGGGUCGCUCUUCACCCUACUGUAUCAGAAAAGCCAGAAACUUAUGAUUCAUUGCUGAAUGGGAUGGAGAUUUUCAAGGUGAACAGCACUAAUGGAAGUCUUGCUGGGCCAAACCCAAAGCCAUCAGAUAUGCUGCUUAAAGCUCAACCUGAGGAGGCUAAGGAAUUUGAAUCAGAUAAAAAGGGAAAAGGCGCCAUAAUUGGGGUUUCAUGCAGUGCUGCUGCUCUUGGUUUCCUUGCAGCUAUUUGCAUUGCCUUCCAUCACAAUAAAAAAAAGAGUGAGGGAUCUGACUCUGGUUUAACUUCUGGUUGGUUACCCCUAUAUACACAUUCGACAACCUCGAGCAAAACAUCCAACUCUAACAGGAGCUGUACUAGUAGCCAUCUCUCUUCACUGGCAGCCGGUCUUUGCCGGCAUUUCUCCUUGCCGGAGAUCAAACAAGGUACCAAAAACUUUGACGAGUCUCAAGUUAUUGGUGUUGGAGGUUUUGGUAAGGUUUAUAAAGGAGUUAUUGACGGAGGGACUAAAGUUGCCAUUAAAAGAGCAAACCCAUCUUCGGAGCAAGGUGUUCACGAAUUCAGGACUGAAAUUGAGAUGCUUUCGAAGCUUAGACACAGGCAUUUGGUGUCUUUGAUAGGUUUUUGUGAAGAAGAUGAUGAAAUGAUCUUGGUUUACGAUUACAUGGCUCAUGGAACUCUGCGAGAACAUCUCUAUAAGCACAACAAGACUCACCUUGAAUGGAAGCAGAGAUUGGAGAUUUGUAUCGGAGCUGCAAGAGGACUGCAUUACUUGCACACAGGUGCCAAGUACACCAUCAUUCACAGAGAUGUCAAGACGACUAACAUUCUUGUAGACGAGAAUUGGGUAGCUAAAGUUUCUGAUUUUGGUCUAUCAAAAACUGGUCCAAACAUGAACCAGACGCAUGUUAGUACAGUUGUCAAAGGAAGUUUUGGUUAUUUGGAUCCUGAGUACUUUAGAAGACAACAAUUAACGGAGAAAUCUGAUGUUUAUUCUUUCGGUGUGGUUCUCUUUGAAGUGUUAACUGCAAGGCCAGCACUGAAUCCAAGUCUACCAAAAGAACAAGUUAGUCUUGCGGACUGGGCAUUGCAUUGUCAAAAGAAGGGAGUUCUUGAGGACAUAAUAGAUCCUCAUCUGAAAGGAAAAAUCAACCCGGAGUGUUUGAAGAAAUUUGCAGAAACAGCCGAGAAGUGCCUAGCUGAUCACGGAGUUGACCGUCCGUCAAUGGGUGAUGUUCUUUGGAAUCUUGAAUUUGCACUUCAAUUACAAGAGAACCUUGUAGGAGAUGGCGCAGCAAAGAAGACUUCCGAAAGGCCUGCACCACCUGCACCUGCAAUCAGUCUCCAUGACUUGGAGCUUGAAAAUGAGACCACAGAUGCAGAUGGCAUAAACACAAGUGCGGUAUUCUCACAACUCAUCAACCCACAAGGAAGAUAAGUAGAAUUUUUCCGAGAUCAAUGAAAUUUUUAUGCUGUAAACACUAGAAAAUCAGAUAGAAUGAUGUCUAAAAACAAACAACAGCAAAACCAGAAACUGAUCGAAUCUCCUUUCUUGUCUUUGUACUUCGUAUUUGAUCUGGUUUCGAUAUAUAUCUUCUUUUCUGUUAGUAUAUUGUAUACUUAGGCAGUCUGUUGAACACAAACAUAUGGGUACAUUGUAUUAAGCUUCGAACAAAAUCUGUCUCUCCAUUAUGUUUAAACUCCAGCUCUGUCUGUUAUUCUAUUUAUAUUCAUGUGUGUUAAACUAUUACAUAUAUACUCGGUUUUAGUAUCUUUUUUGUUGCA